AUGUCAGUCGCAAGUUUCACUCAAGACUCGCUCGCAAAGGGCAUCGAGUCCCUCCUCGCCUCUCUCCCCUCCGACCUAUCAGCACUUCCACCUAUCACCCCAACACCGACUCUCCCUACCACCGAAUCCUCCGUCUCAGCCCUUAUCGACCACACCCUCCUCGCACCCAACGCUGCCUUGGAGCAGAUCUCAUCCAUCUGCGCCGAGGCCAAACAGUACAACACAGCCACAGUCUGCGUCAACUCCUCCAUGAUCCCUUAUGUCGCUCAACAUCUCUCUGGCUCCUCUGUCCUACCUAUCUCGGUCAUUGGUUUCCCAUUCGGCUCAGCCAAUACCGCUUCCAAAGUCCUCGAAGCCAAGAUCGCGUGCCAAGAAGGCGCUAAAGAGAUCGAUAUGGUCAUUAACAUCGGUCUUCUCCGCUCCCAACGCUAUCUGGAAGUGUACAACGAUAUUCACGCCGUUGCUGAAGAAUGCCACUCUCAUGGAGCGAAACUCAAAGUCAUCCUCGAGACGGCUAUGCUUACUAAGCAGGAGAUUGUAGCAGCGUCGUAUUUGGCGUGUCUGGCAGGAGGAGACUUUGUCAAGACAAGCACGGGUUACGGCGGCGGAGGAGCAACAAAGGAGGACGUUAGACUGAUGUACGAAGUUGCCAAGCAAGAGCGAUUGGGUUGGGAUGGAAAGCAGAAGGAAGUGAAAGCUAGUGGUGGGAUCAGGAGUUUGGAAACGGUGCAUCAGAUGGUGAAGAAUGGUGCGACAAGGGUCGGUGCAAGUGGAACAAAAGCGAUCGUUGAACAGAUUAGGAGUGGGAGUGCUGCGCCCACUUCCACUGGGUCUUACUAG